UUUCUUUGAGGGUUGGGUGAAGGAUGAAGUCCAGCCCUCCUCUCUGUUUCGCACGUAGUCUGGAUUUCACUUUUCACACCCCCUCCUCCUCCCGGAUCCACCCUGGAGACUCCAUCCAUCCAUCCCAGCCCUCUGCGCCGGAGCGAGGAUACACCAGCAGCCGCGCGUCGUGCGUUACCACACCCCCCACACACAGCGACGACUCCUUUACACAGCAGCAUCUGUGAAGGACGAGCUCAAUCUCUGCGUCUGAACUCACGAUGCCCAAACCCGGAGCCGUCCAAACGCAGCAAUAAAAGGUGUAACCAGGAGAAGCACAGACUACAGGACGAACCAAACAAGCCCCUCGUUUUGCUUUUACCAUGGCUGUGAACACGAUUCCAGCUGCACCUGCCUGGUCAGGCGACGAACAACCUUCCUUCCUGGAUCAGGAGAACUCCCAAGCCCCCGUCACUAUCCCGAGCCCCCCAAACACGGGCGAAGACCUCCUCCACAGCAGUACAGCAGCAAACACACGACCCACCCGCAGCAAAUCCAAAGGAGAGCUAGUCAUAGUCAUCAAUGAGAAACUAAAGAACGGUAACGGGAUCCACCCGACACCUGCAGACAGCACCUCUCCAGUUAUCUCCUCCCCUCCCAGAAGACAGCACUCCAUCUCCUACCCCCAUCAUAACGGCAAAACUCGGAAGGGCAGCAGGGCGGGCUCCAUCGGCUACACGUCCUUCUCGCCCAGGCCGUCCAUUUCUCGGCAUUCCAGCAUUGCGACCAACCCCCCUCUGGAUCGGUCCAAGGUCAAAGACUACCUCCUCCUGUCCGUGCUGGCCUGCUUCUGCCCCGUCUGGCCGAUCAACAUCGUCGGAUUCGUCUACUCCAUCAUGUCCAGGAACAGCCUUGAGCAGGGAAACCUGGACGGCGCCGUGCGUCUCGGACGUGUCGCCAAGAUGCUCUCCAUGGUGUCAUUAGUAGGAGGGACAGUCAUUAUCAUCGCCUGCAUUGUCAACCUAGCCAUAAAUGUGAAAACCUGAGUUUCAUCCCGGGAUGAAACGGGAUAAGGAAAGUGACCGUCUGGCCUGCACCUGCACCCACCGUCUGUACCGCCUAGUCAUUACCUGGAUGUGUGACAAAUGUGCACCCAACAAACAGUGCUUACUAAUCUUUCUGUAUUCUAUGUAGGCCCUAUUUUUUUUUUAUUUUUUUGCUAAUGGACUCAGUAAAAUAUGCAAAUGCUGCUGCUCUCAGUCUGCCUUGAGAGGGUGGAACUCCCUUUCUAUUCUGGCUAAGGCAUCCAAAAUGGUUUUUAGCACCCUUCAAGAAUCCUAAUACUACCUGCAGGAGCUCUGGACUUGAACAUAACAGAGAGGGGUGGUUUUUAAGGCUCCCAGCAUCCAUUAGAUCCACACACACACAAAAUGUCUGCCAAGCCCUCCUUUUUUUUCUCCUCCACCAACUGGACUCAUCCGUUUGCCAGUAAAUCCCCCCCCCCCAAGACACUCCGCGAGGCUGUGGGAUUUAUGUUGCGCUGGAAUCAAACGGCAGAAAGUCGAGGAACUGCACUUUGUCCUCCUGCUUCAAACUGUCCUCUGUGACUUUCAUGUCUCCACGAUGCCCCACAUCCUGAGCCUGAGAGCGAGCAUGCGGGCGGAUGAAAGAGAGGCUUACCCAGGACUAGCUACUGGCGCUAAAACGGAAAAGGAUUAUGAAAAGUCUAACACAGUCAGGCACAGUCAUCCCAGCAAAGAAGAAAUAAGAAAAAUGUGCCAAACAAAAGAAUUUACAGGAAGACUACAUCCUCUCUGAAGACCAGACUCGUUUUUACAGCUUUUCUGAACACACGCUCCAACCACUGUGAACUACAACUAAGCUCUAUCCUCUACUUUUUCAAAAACAUUUGUAAUGGAUUGUUUCUCCCUUAACGGGAUGCUAUUUAAUGGUGGUAAAUAUGAGCGUGUGUGAGGGCUCCUAAAUGUGGUUAACAAAUUCAUUAGCUUCAGUGGACAUGAAGGUCUAUAUGAUCUGUAUACGUUGGAUACCUGUUUUUGUUGUGUUCGCAACAGGAUAUUCUGUGGAUUUGUACAAAACACUGGGUCAGACGUGAGAUAUUUUAGUAGCAUCAUUGUAGCAAUAGUUUGGAAGACUCUUUAAUUUAUUAUUAUACUCUUUUUCUGUCUUUAAUGCCUAAUCUUUACCUACCUGUGGUUCUUUCUCACUGUGAUCUGAAGCAGCCGGUGAAGCUCUCCUAACUUACUGUGUCCUCUGCUAUCAAUCAUGUACAGACUUGUUACUUUCUGUAACAAACAAUAUUCUUCUUUCUUAUCAGGUAAAUGUAACCGUAACCAACACUUGUAUGUAAUAUAUUAUGCAAAUAUAAAUAUAUCGUGAUGAUUCUGUAGAUCUAAUGUAGGCUUCAGAAACUGUUCUGACAGACUUUAUACUCCCAGGCUUCUCUAAGCUUUUGUGUUUAUUAAUGAGCAUGUUGUGAGAUAUUUUUCAGUCAUGUAUAAUACAGUAAACGAUGAAGGUUGUACUUCUGCAGCACAUUCAUAAUAAAGACAAAAUGCAUGUGA